UUUUAUUAUUAGUUUUAUUACUUGAUUAUUUCUAACUCUGAAUAUUUGCAAUUUUUGUAGUGUCAUUCGACAUUGAUCAUGGAUGCCGGUGAUCAUGAUACAUCCAUAGAUCAUGAUUUUUUUUCUCCAAGGACUCACAGGGGACUACGGCCCCUUUGAUACCAGUGCUGCAGGUGAUGAUGGACCCGACGGUGAACCUCCGGUUGGUUCACAUCCAGAUCCAGGUGAUGCAGCAGCAGUUCCAUCGUCAGGCUCUACAAGUGCGCACACAUUAGCAAGCAGCGGGUCUAAAAGAUCAAGAGCCGGUACUUCUGAAGUUUGGCAAGACUUUGAAAGGAUCUACAAAGAGGAAGAUGGGGUAAGUGUCAGGUAUGCUAGAUGUUAUAUUUGUAAAAAUGAAUUAUCUGCAAAGCCCUCGGGUGGAACGGGGCACUUGAAGAGGCACGCCAUAAGUUGCAAGCGAAAGAGUGGAGCAGCCAUGAAGCAGACGGUGUUGCAGUACAACCCCGACGGCUCUGUUCAUCAUUGGGAGUACGACUCUGCUAAUGCUCGAAAAGAGCUAUGUCGCUUCAUUGCAAGAGCGGAUCUACCACUCAAUAUCGGUUCUUCAUCAAGAAGUUCAGACUCUUCGUCACGAUCGUCUACGGGCACCGGAAUUCCAACAUCCGGAGGGGAGCUAACUACCUUCAUCGACAGUGACGUUAUCAGCCACGAACAAGAAAACUUCAACAUACUGCAAUGUUUCUUCUGAGGCUGCCUUCAGUCUUACAGGAAGGAUAAUCGAAGAGAGAAGAACAAAUCUGUCAAGUGAGAUGGUUGAAAUACUCACCAUAGUAAAGGAUUGGGAACAAGCUGAAGCACGAAUGCAACACACUGCAGAAAAUACUGAGCUUGAAGAAUCAUUCCAAAAUUUGUAUCUAGAUGCUGAUGAGAACGUGUAAUUUCAAAUUUUCUGAGCUAGGUUGUACUCUUUUUUCCUUUGCUAGAAAGGUUUUUAAUGAGACAACCUAU